UUGGGGGCGAGUAGGGGGACGGAGGCGUUUCGGUGCGCACGGAGCCCAGCCGCGUUCCGGGAAUCUUGCGCUCGGCCGCGCGUGGUGCUCACCGCCCGACUCGGGCGCAGCGGGCAGCUCGGGUGCAGGCGGGGGCAGACCCUCUGCGCCCGGCCCGCCUCCUGUGGGUAUAAUAGCGCUCGGCUCCUGGGCUCCAACACGCCUCCCACCGGACCAGUGGAUCUGCUUGCCACUUGUUCUGGACCUCGGACCUCGCUUUUCCUCCAAAUGGACCCGAACUGCUCCUGCCCCACUGGUGGCUCCUGCAGCUGCGCUGGCUCCUGCACCUGCAAGGCCUGCAGAUGCCCCUCCUGCAAGAAGAGCUGCUGCUCCUGCUGCCCUGUGGGCUGUGCCAAGUGUGCCCAGGGCUGUGUCUGCAAAGGGGCCUCGGACAAGUGCAGCUGCUGCGCCUGAUGUCGGGGAGAGCCUGCCCUAGUUGUCAACAGAGCAACCAUGACAAAUUUAUAUAUUUUUUCAUACAACCUGACCUGGUGCUAAAUUUCCUUUCUCUAUGAGACAUGUGAUUUCUAGUAAAGUUGUUGACUUUA